UAUGUAAACUUCCGGACUCUUCGCAUCCGGUUUUCAGCAGGCACGGUUUUAAGUGGAGCAACAAGAUCUUGACAUCAAAACAAUUUAGCACCGGACUUAAUCAUGGCUGAUCCAAGAGUAAGACAACUGACAAUCAAAACAGGAGUAGUGAAAAGAUUAACAAAGGAAAAGUUUUCAUAUGAAAAAGAGGCUAUAAUGCUAGAAAAAAAAGUAGAGAAGAUGGCAGCUGAUGGGAAGGAUGAAUAUGAUAUCAGGAAACAGAAGGAAGUUUUGGAAGAAAGCCAGAAAAUGGUUCCAGAUACACAGAGGAGAUUGAAAAAGGGUUUAGAAGAUUUAGAAUCCUACAUGAAAGAAGUUGAGGACCUGAAGGACACAGAAAAAUACAAUGAAGCAAUGGAAGUGUAUGAUGCAGGUGUCAAAGCUAAGGAAUAAACAAACAGUGUGAGGAAGCGGGUCGAACCAACAACUCCUCUGUAAUAGACUCACAUUCUCUGUUUAAAUAGAUUUUCAUAUAUAAUUCAUGGUUUGAUUGCAUUGGGUGGGAUAUGGACCAGAAAUGACUAAGACUGCCAUACAUAGGUAUCAGGUAUUUAAAUUAACUAUACAAUAACGUACAAGGCAAAAUGAUAGAUCUAGGAUAUU